CCACAUCCCUUGUGACCCUGGCCACGAUCUCAGCUCUGCCUCACGGCUCAGAGAGGUUAAGCUACUUUCCCCAAAGCCCUUAGCCAAGGAAGGGAGUACGGGGACCCGGAUCCAGGACCGGCUGAUUUUGAGCCCCCAACACAUUGGCCACCCUGUGGCUCUAAAGGGCAGCCAGGCUACACAAUAGAACAUUCCUCGGACAAACCUGGAAAUCUUCCAUGUGGCUCACCGAGCUCUCAAGGCUCACAGGGUAGCUGUAACCACCUCGGUGUGGCCUCUGCCUGCCUGGGUUCUAGAAAGUGUAGCCAGCCUGGCCCUGUCGCUGGGUAGGAGCACUGGGCUGGGCUGGAGGUGGAGGGAGGAAGUGCCCAGGAGGGUGAUGACAUCACCACCCAGCCCUUGAAAGAUGAGCUGUUCCCUCCGCCACUCCGGCUCUGCUCUGGCAGCUCCUAGGAGGGGUGGGGACAUCGGGCUGCCCUGCCGCACGGAGGGAGCCACCGAGGUGCUCCUGUGGCUCGCUCUGGACAAUGUGAGUCCUGGACAGGGGCUGGUCCAGUCGCCUCGCCAUUGCCAGGAGGAUAGGAGGUCCCAGCACCAAGAGAGAGUCUGCAGGAGAGCUGGCUUCUGGAAGCUCCGUGUGCCUGCUGAGGGGUGGCUGAAACCCGGGGCGGGGCAGAUCCACGGCUCCAUGCACGUGCACAUGGGCACCCAGGUUUUCACACCCUUCCUGGACGGGAGCAAGAGGGCAGCCCGGGCACCUCACGCACGACUCCCUCUGAGUCCAAAUGUUCUCUUCCUGGAGGAGACAUAUGUUCCUGUCUUUUCAUGAGGACCCCGUGCCCACCACAGCCACUUUCGGCGUCGAAAUGCUCAACAUCACCUCGCAGGUGCUUGAGUCCACUCUCAACGGGACGUCGUCCCAGGGCUGCGUCUACGCCGAGUGGUGGAGCUGGCUCAACGCCAUCCAGGCUCCCUUCCUCUGGGUCCUGUUCGUGCUGGCGGCCCUCGAGAACAUCUUCGUCCUCGGCGUCUUCUGCCUGCACAAGAGCAGCUGCACGGUGGCCGAGAUCUACCUGGGCAACCUGGCCGUGGCAGACCUGAUCCUGGCCUGCGGGCUGCCCUUCUGGGCCAUCACCAUCGCCCACAACUUCGACUGGCUUUUUGGGGAGGUCCUCUGCCGCGUGGUGAACACCAUGCUCUACAUGAAUCUGUACAGCAGCAUCUGCUUCCUGAUGCUGGUGAGCAUCGACCGCUACCUGGCCCUGGUGAAAACCAUGUCCAUGGGCCGGAUGCGCGGGGUGCGCUGGGCCAAACUCUACAGCCUGGUGAUCUGGGGGUGCACGCUGCUCCUGAGUUCGCCCAUGCUGGCCUUCCGGACCAUGAAGGAGUACGCGGCCGAGGGCUACAACGUCACGGCCUGCAUCAUCGUCUACCCGUCGCGCACCUGGGAGGUGUUCACCAACGUGCUCCUGAACUCCGUGGGCUUCCUGUUGCCCCUGGUCGUCAUCACCUUCUGCACGGUGCAGAUCAUGAAGGUGCUGCGCAACAACGAGAUGCAGAAGUUCAAGGAGAUCCAGACGGAGAGGAAGGCCACGGUGCUGGUCCUGGCCGUGCUGCUGCUGUUUGUCACCUGCUGGCUGCCUUUCCAGGUCAGCACCUUCCUGGACACGCUGCUGCGCCUCAACAUCCUGUCCGGCUGCUGGGAUGAGCACGUCGUCGACGUCUUCACGCAGAUCGCGUCCUACAUGGCCUACAGCAACAGCUGCCUCAACCCGCUGGUGUACGUGAUCGUGGGCAAGCGCUUCCGCAAGAAGUCACGGGAGGUGUUCCGGGGACUGUGCCAGAAGGGGGGCUGCGUGUCUGAGUCCACCAAGAUGGAGAACUCCAUGGGCACACUACGGACCUCCAUCUCGGUGGAACGCCAGAUUCACAGACUGCCCGAGUGGGUGGGGAACAGCCAGUGAAGGCCGCCCCGAGGACUACGGUUCACGUGGGUGAGGGUGCGGUUACAGCCGCCGCUCAGGAUGUGCCCGAGCAGGAACGGAAGGCAUGCGACCUUGGGCAGUAAGCCGACGUCUCCGGCCAAACACAGGUGCUUCAUUCCCGCCCUGCCCAAGAUGCAGCGGGCGAGGCCGUGAGGAUGGGGUGACCUUGUGCCCAGAGCCAAGGGCUCCAUAAACAUGACGGUAUUAUUGUUCCCAUUUGCUGCCACCCGUGGGCCAGUCUGCUUCUUCCCAGGAGUGGAGGGGGCCUGGGGACAGGGGACGGGAGUGACUGAGUGUCCCUCCCACAUGGUGUCCCAGCCUGCCCCAGCGUGCCAGAUCACAUCUCGGGGAGAACUGCCACCCCAGCUUUGAGGCCACGGCUGGGUCCACAGGCGGGGGGCCUGGCUGGAGUUUUGCCUUCAGUCUCUUAAAUCCUCUCAGCUGGGACUCUGGAGGAUGAUUUCUCAGAUCAGUGAAGGUUGAACUCUGAGGGAUCCCUGGUAAGAACCGGAGACCAGGAUCCUAUCACUCCCCCUGCCCAUGGGCAAGAUGGUCUGUGCCAAACAAGAACUCGCUGAGCACUUAGCACUUAUCUAGCACUUGCUGUGUAGGCAAGUAUUGAGCACCGCGGGCAAGAGGGAAGAAAAAACCCAGUAUAAUCUCUGUCUCAGAGGAACUCGCAAACUCGAAGAGGGAUGACUGCUUCCAACGACCAGAAGGCUGUUCUGCGACGUGGUGGAGCGAGGCACCCUGGCUGGUGCAGAGGAGAGGACUGAGGAGGAGCCUGAUGCCCCAGUUCUGCUGAUAAUUAGUGGCACGUCACUUAGUCCCUGCCUGUUUCGUCCUCUGUGACAUCAGCUUGUUGGGAGGACUGAAAGACGUAACGGGCACGAAAGUGCUUGGGAAAAAGGAAAGGUGCUAUGUAAAUGUGAGGCUUUAUUAGGCACACAGUAUGAAAAUAAAUUUAUUAUAAAGAAACGGA